CAUUUCUCUUUUUCAAAUCGCACCUCUCAUAUGCACAACAACACACCAUCAACAAAAAUGAUGCGUCUAAGCUCGUAUUUUGUCGUAGCCAUUGCUCUUCUCUUUUCAUUUACACCUUCUUCGUCAGCAAAUACUCAUGAAAACUUUGUUCAAUGUCUUUACAAUUAUCCCCAUAAUAACAAUGUCACCUCAAUCUCCAACGUCGUUUACACCCAAGCCAACUCUUCAUACUCCUCUAUACUUGACUUUUCCAUUCAAAACCUUAGGUUCUCCAACGCAAGCUCAAAACCCCUUGUGAUUGUGACACCUCUCACUGUUUCCCACAUUCAAGCCACCAUAAUCUGUUCCCAACGCUAUGGCAUGCAGAUUCGAACCCGAAGUGGAGGCCACGAUUACGAGGGUCUCUCCUACGUUGCCAAGGAUCCAUUUGUCGUCCUUGACCUCAUAAACCUUCGAAAAAUCGAAGUGGACGCAGAAAACAGCACUGCAUGGGUUCUAGCUGGUGCAACCAUUGGUGAACUUUACUACAGCAUUAGCCAGAAAAGCAAAACACUAGGGUUUCCAGCAGGUGUGUGCCCCCCUGUGGGAACUGGUGGCCAUUUCAGUGGUGGUGGCUAUGGAUUCUUGAUGCGUAAGUUCGGUCUUGCUGCUGAUAAUGUGAUUGAUGCUCACAUAGUUGAUGUGAAGGGUAAUCUUCUUGAUAGAGAAGCCAUGGGUGAGGAUCUGUUUUGGGCCAUUAGAGGAGGUGGGGGAGCAAGCUUUGGAGUCAUCGUGGCUUGGAAGAUAAAACUUGUUUCAGUUCCAUCAACUGUGACAGUGUUUAGGGUUCCAAGGACAUUGGAACAAAAUGCAACCGAGAUUGUUCAUAAGUGGCAGCUUGUGGCGAAUAAACUUGACGAGGACCUAACCAUAAGGAUCAACUUUGGUAGGGCAACAAGUGAAAAUGGGAACCUAACAGUUCAGGCACAAUUUGAAUCCAUGUAUCUUGGAGGUGUGGAUCAGCUCAUUCCUUUGAUGCAAGAGAGCUUCCCAGAGUUGGGUUUGGUCAGAGAAGAUUGUAUUGAGACGAGUUGGAUAGGUUCAAUUCUCUACAUGGCUGGAUUUACAAACGGUGAAUCCACUGAUGUUUUGCUGAACAGAACUCAAGCAAACGGUGUGUCGUUCAACAAAGGAAAAUCUGAUUAUGUGAGAGAUCCCAUUCCUGAUGUAGGGUUAGAAGGGUUAUGGCCCUUCUUUUUUGAAGAUGAGGGUCAAUCUUCUUUUGUUCAAUUCACUCCUUAUGGUUCUAGGAUGGAUGAGAUUUCGGAAUCCGAAAUUCCAUUCCCACAUAGAGCUGGAAACAUAUUCCAUAUUCAGUAUGGGGUGUCUUGGCAAGAGGAAGGGGAUGAGGAAGCACAAAGGCACAUAAACUGGAUUAGAAGAAUGUAUAGUUAUAUGGAAACUUAUGUUUCAAAGUCUCCUAGGGCUGCAUAUUUGAAUUAUAGAGACCUUGACAUUGGGGUAAAUAAUAACAAGGGCUACACUAGCUACAGCCAAGCCAGCGUUUGGGGCCUUAAGUAUUUCAAGAACAACUUCAACAGAUUGGCAAGAGUGAAGACCAACGUUGAUCCUCUAAACUUCUUCAGAAACGAGCAGAGCAUACCUUCUCUUGUAUCCAAGGGACGCAAAUUAUAGAUUUCCGUGAUGCAGUAGUAAAUGUCAUUAUAAAAUAAGCUGAUUCGUUAUUUUAGUUUUUUCUUCUUCUGUAAAAUGCAGCAUUCAUCAUAAAAUAAGCUGCUUAAUUUAUUGUUUUACUUUUAUGUGUAUAACAUGCAGAAUUCAUCAAUAUUCCUUAAUCAGUUUCAUAUCUACUAAAUUAUUUUGCUGGCUUA